UAUCUCAAAAACUUCUUCUAAAUAUUAUCUUUCAUUUUUCCUAAUUUUUGUUUUCUUCAUUAAAAUUAAAUAUGGGAAGGUAUCCUUGUUGCAAAUUAGAUGAUGAUGAUGAUUUGAAGAAAGGGCCAUGGACAGAAGAUGAAGAUGAGAAACUGAUUGAUUAUAUAAAGAAAAAUGGUCACACAAAUUGGCAAUUAAUCCCAAGAAAAGCAGGUUUAAAGAGAUGUGGAAAGAGUUGCAGAUUAAGAUGGAAUAAUUAUCUUAGGCCUGAUAUUAAGAGAGGAGGAUUUUCACAUGAAGAAGAAGAAAUCAUCAUUAAUCUCCAUUCUGUUCUUGGAAAUAAGUGGUCAAGAAUUGCAAAUCAUCUUCCGGGAAGAACUGAUAAUGAAAUAAAGAACUUCUAUAACACGCAUUUAAAGAAAAAGCUUCUCAAAUUGGGAAUUGACCCCAAAACACACAAACCAAUAUCUGAUUUCGAUUCCCUUCUAAAAUUUUCUCAUCAAUUUACCUCUACUUCCAACUAUUUUGUUUCUUUAGCAUCUUCCCUUAGAUUACAAGCACAUUUUACUUUAUUAGCCAAAAUCCAACAACUUUUACAAAGCCCUCUUUUAGCUAUAAAUUCAAACUUAUUUUCAUCAAUUCAAGACAAUUUUUUAAGCAAUCCAAAUCCUCCAUUAUUUGAAAGCCUUAAAUAUGAGGGUGAUCAACCCCAAUUCUUGGAUUCAUCUCUAGCAAAUUACAUUACAACAAUUCCUUGUUUGGAUAAUACUAAUUCACUUCCCAAUUAUGAUUCUUCUAUUUCAAAUUCUUCGGAAGUCCCUUCAGGAAUAUCCGAUAAAAUUGGAACGCUACAAAGAAGAUUAGCAUCACCGUCCCUGUACAAUGACAACAUGCAAAAAUCGAGAAAUGGUUCAAAUUCCUCAGAAUUAUGUCAAGCUAAUGAAUUGAAUUCAAAUGAAAAUCAAGCUGAAGGACUUGCAAUUAGAGCUUCUAAUUGCAACUUAAAUCAAAAUUUUAUUCCCACAUUUUCAGAGCUAGAUGAUGAUAUGGUUGCAUGGGAAAUACCUCAGGAUGAUGAAGAAAUCAAUACCUUUUGGAAUACUAUUUUCCAAUGAUUUUCUUUUCAUGUGUAGACAUGCCUAAAUGUCUUGAUAUUUUGGCUUCCUUUCCUCUCUUUUUUCUGUACAAUGUUGUUAAAACUUUUUUUCUUUUUCUUUUGUGUGGAGAGUAUUAUUUUGAUCUGUAAUUGUUGGAAAUCUAUCCAUCAAUAUUAUGUUGCCGUCUAUGUUGGAGCUGUUUUUUGU